UUUCAUCAUCCUUGUGGGCGGUUAUAAAAGCAGCGCCGCUAGCUUCUUCAUGCUUAUUCUAUCAUCGCGAUGCAAGCAGUGAACACCAGGCAAAAGACGAAAGCACAACUCAGCCAAAUGGGCGUAGGAUAGAACUCACCAAACAUCAAGCAUCACCAUCAACCUGCACACUCACACACAGAUUCCAAUGAUUCCAAGGAUACAGUGAGGCAACUGAUAAUUACUAGCACUAUGAAUAACGUACAGAGUGCCCCGAAUGGCGGGGGCGGGGCCGUAGGCGUGGGCAUCAAGACGGCCCGGAGCAACAUCUUCAACGUGGAUGGUCUGCCACAGCAGAUGGCCGCCAUGAGUGUGGACUACUCCAGCAUCCGGGGCAAGGAUGUCCUGGUCCAGCCCAGCGACGAGCAGAUGGAACUGCUGCAGAAGAGGCUCCAGGAUCGCAUAGCCGACAAUUGCGGGGAGACCAUCUACGAGAUUGGCGUGGGCGAGGAUGGCAGCGACAAUGGCCUGAAUCCGGAGCAGUUUGAUGCCUCCGUGGCUACGCUACAUCUUCUGGCGGCCAACAUAGAUGCGGAUGUGGUCAAGCUGCGUGAGCGGCGGGCAGAGAAGGGCCAAUCGGCGCAGUUCCUUAUCCGUAAGCACAUUGAGACGACGGACUUUAUGGAGAUAAGAGUGGCCGUUGUGGGCAACGUGGAUGCUGGCAAGUCCACGCUGCUGGGCGUGCUUACCCACGGCGAGCUGGACAAUGGCCGUGGUCAUGCCAGGCAGCGUCUUUUCCGUCACAAGCACGAAAUCGAGAGUGGACGCACUAGUUCUGUGGGCAACGACAUUCUCGGCUUUGAUGGGGUGGGCAAUGUAGUCAAUAAGCCCGACCACGGCCACCUGGAUUGGGUGAAGAUCUGCGAGAACUCGGCGAAGGUUAUCACCUUCAUCGACCUGGCGGGGCACGAGCGCUACCUGAAAACCACGGUCUUCGGCAUGACGGGACAUGCUCCAGACUUUGGCAUGCUGAUGAUUGGCGCCAAUGCUGGCAUCAUCGGCAUGACUAAGGAGCAUUUGGGCCUGGCCUUAGCUCUAGCCGUGCCCGUCUUUGUGGUGGUCACCAAGAUCGACAUGUGCCCGGCCAACGUGCUGCAGGACAACAUGAAACUACUGUUCAAGAUGCUCAAAUCGCAGGGCUGCCGGAAGGUGCCGGUAGUGGUGCGUUCGCACGACGAUGUCGUCCUUAGCGCUACGAAUUUCGUUAGCGAGCGUCUAUGCCCUAUCUUCCAGGUGUCCAAUGUGACCGGUGAUAAUCUGGAGCUGCUCAAGAUGUUCCUUAACCUGCUGAGCACGCGUAUGGCCGGUUCCGAGAGUCUGCCAGCCGAGUUUCAAAUUGACGAUGUGUAUUCGGUGCCGGGUGUUGGCACGGUCGUCUCCGGCACUUGCCUCCAAGGCACCAUCCGACUAAACGACGGUCUGAUGCUGGGACCAGACGCCGUGGGUGGAUUUGUGCCCAUCACCAUCAAGAGCAUCCACCGUAAGCGGAUGAAUGUGGCGCGCGUGCGCUGUGGCCAAACGGCAAGCUUUGCACUUAAGAAGAUCAAACGCGCCUAUCUGCGCAAAGGCAUGGUGAUGGUGUCGCAGGAUCUCAAGCCGCAGGCAUGCUGGGAGUUCGAGGGCGAGAUCCUAGUGCUGCAUCAUCCAACGACGAUAUCGGCGCGCUACCAGGCAAUGGUUCACUGCGGCAGCAUCCGCCAAACAGCCUCCAUAAUCCACAUGUCGCGUGAUUGCCUACGGACCGGCGACAAGGCACAUGUUAAGUUCCGAUUCAUCAAGCAGCCAGAGUACAUUCGCUCCGGUCAGCGUCUGGUCUUCCGCGAGGGACGCACCAAGGCGGUGGGCAACAUCCUGCGCCCGCUACCGAAUGCCGCUGCAUCUCCAUAUCGCCCCAAGCCCGCCAAGAUGCAGUCGCGUUCACAGAACGGCGGCAGCAAUGGCAGCAACAACCAGCACCGUCAGCAGGGUCAAGGCAGCACCUCGGGAGCGGGAUGCAGCAAGGAUGCCGGCGAGGAGAAGCAGAACGGCGACAAGCGCGAGGGCGGAAGCCGGCGCGGCGGAAAACGGAAACGAAACAAUCGUCCAACUCCGUCAGGUGGAGGGACAGGUCAGUCCAACGGUUCGUCCGGUCUGGGUCUGCCCCUCGGCGAGAUAGCUUCGCCGUCCGCCGCAGAAGUCGCGACGACAGGUCUCACUGAGUGAAUCGUGCCGCCCUCAAAAUUUUGUUCUUUCUAGUUUUGUAAGCUAAAGUAUUUUUGAAAUCCUUAAAGCGCGGAAAAUGCGGAUGAAUAUAUUUUCCUACUCUCCAGUCCGGACUCUUGAUCUGAAGGGGCGUCUGCCUCAAAUAAACUGUUCCGUGUCCCGUUCUCGUCCACUGUACAUUGUGCGAAAUGCCAAACCGAAUUCGAUAUUUUUUGUUCUCUAGAAUUAAGACCACAAAAGUCACUGCAUCAUGAAUUUUCGUUUACCUAGUUUCCUUACUAAAUUCUGUUUAUCAUAUUAUAAAUUGGAAUUUAUAUUUAAUCUGAGUGUUAACUUAAACUGAAUUUGUCCGUUUUUAUAUGUUUUAUAGUUAAGUUCACAGAUGCCACAAACAUUUUUUGAAUUUUCUCCUAUUUCUGAAUAAACCCAAAAAUUCGAUUUUAUUUUACUUGAAUUAUUAAUUUAAAUAUGUAAAAAUACAUAUUUUCUAUUUGUUUUUUGACUUAAGACAACAAAUUUUAAUGAAUUUGCCGACUUUAACGAAUUACUUGUAUUACUAAAGUUGAAAGCGUUGUGAAUGCAUAAAUUAAGUUAUACUUUGAUUAUUUAAAAUGAUACUUCUUCUGUAAAACGAUGGUUUUCGAAUGACAAUCUGGAUUUUCUUUUUUUUGUUAUUUAGAGUUAAGAUAACUACUGUCACUGGAAAAUGAAUUAAGAUGUCUAGUUUUUCAAUCCAUUCAAUAAAAGCAAUUUUCUUGACUACAAA